AUGACGGAGAACGAGAUAGACCGUAAGUUUAUGGGUGUCGUUCUGAGGGAGCUGCGUUGUCGACCGAGGCAGAGACGUCAGCAGCAGCCGGUUAACCAACCCAAGCAGACUCGAGCAGAAAAGGCACAGUCACAACUCAGCCUUCGUGGUGUUGAAUUGGUUCUGAGCAAAAUGAAAUUCCUGAUCGCUUUCGCCUUGGUGGCAGUGGCCAGCGCAGAUGUCUCGCAUCUGUUCUCGCACAGCAACAACCUGCAGGAGGAUGGCUACCACUACUCCGCACCCCGUGCCCCAGUCGUCAUCGAUGUGCCCUAUGUGCAGCAUGAGUCUGCCCCCGUAGUGGUCUACGAGGCGCCCAAGCCCAGGCCCACGCCCGCCCGUCCCGUCUACACCGCCCCCGCAGUGGUCUACAAGCCGACGCCCGCCCCCGUGGUCUACCACCCCACGCCCGCCGGCAUCCUGAAGGACGAUGGCUACCACUACGCCCAGCCCUCGGUGAAGUUCGAGGUCAAGGCUCCUCCCCCACCGAAGGUCGAGUACCUGCCUCCCCCACCCACCAAGAAGGUGUACGUUGCCCCACCAGUGUACGUCCCUCCCCCAACCAAGAAGGUCGUCGUUUACACCCCACCCCCACCACCACCACCGAAGAAGGUCGUCUACACCCCACCCCCGACUGGCAUCCUGAAGGACGAUGGCUACCACUACGGCCAGCCCUCCGUGAAGUUCGAGGUCAAGGCUCCUCCCCCACCAAAGGUUGAGUACCUGCCUCCCCCACCCACCAAGAAGGUGUACGUUGCCCCACCAGUGUAUGUGCCACCCCCAACCAAGAAGGUCGUCUACACCCCACCCCCAACGACCAAGAGGGCUUACGUCGCCCCCAAGGUCGAGUACCUGCCCCCCGCAGAAACCCAGAAGGUCGUCGUCUACACCCCACCCCCACCACCACCGCCGAAGAAGGUCGUCUACACCCCACCCCCGACUGGCAUCCUGAAGGACGAUGGCUACCACUACGCCCAGCCUUCCAUCCAGUUCGAGGUUAAGGCCCCUGCUCCAGUCUAUGUGCCUCCUCCACCAACCAAGAAGGUCUACGUCGCACCCCCAGUGUACGUGCCACCCCCGACCAAGAAGGUCGUCGUGUACACCCCACCCCCACCACCACCACCGGUGUACGUCCCUCCCCCAACCAAGAAGGUCGUCGUCUACGCCCCACCCCCACCACCACCACCGACCAAGAGGGUGUACGUCGCCCCCAAGGUCGAGUACCUGCCCCCCGUCCAGAAGGGAUACAGCUACCCCAACGACCCCCAACCCUCGUUUAACUAUUAGGCUGACCGAGCACAUUGUAAAUACACAGAUUAAGUAUUAGCCAUAUUUGUGAACGAAUUGUGAAAGAGUGGUUCGGCCUUUCGCAGGAAAGCCCAAACCACUUGGAGUAAACGUGAAAAUAAAAAUCUUUCGAUUUUAAA